AUGAAUAUGUUGGAUGAUGAAGAUGACCAAAGCUUUCACGCUACGCGUGACGGCUACUCCCAUUUGAGCAAUGUUGAAUGGGAUGCGGUUGAACGGAUGGGUUCAACCAUGGACAUCCAUGCUGUUAGCAUCAUGCUAGAGGCUCUCAAUAGAGAUGCUCAACAUGCUACUAUCGCCAAGUUCAUUCAAAAUGAACUUGACGCAGAACGCGAGAAAGUAGCCUUGCUUCACCAACAAGGUUCUCAACAAGCAGAGUUGUUGAGAGAACAGGGUGCUCAACAGUUUGAACUGUUGAGACAGCAGCAGGCUGCUGCUGGUGGGUCGAUGCAUUCGUGUCGACCCGAAACCUUGAAGAUUGACAUCUCCAAGUAUAGGGGAGUCGAAGAGGACUCCCUCUUGAGAUGGUUCGUCGAAUUAGACGACGCCACAAGGGCGCGUCGCAUCGACGAUGGGGAAAUGCAAGUUGCAUUUGCCCAGUCAAAUCUGGCAGGACGUGUCAAGACUUGGCACUGGGGCUCAAGUUGCACGACCCAUAUGCGUUUGGGUCGUUGGAAGUCUUCAAGUCGCGGCUCAGACAAACGUUUGAACCGCCUAGAGCUGAGUUCAGAGCUCGAACUGAACUCUUGA